CCCGAGUCAAAAUUCAUCGAAUUUUCAACUCUAUCACUGAGAGACCAUCCCAUCAAUUUUUUUACCAGCUUCUCUGAGAGUAACCCAUAUUGUGAAGGAAUAAUAUGUAUUAUAUAAUGCUCUCCGCUUUCUUUUGGCUACUUACCGUUGCCCCGGUCGCCACAAAUGCGGCCUCACUUCAAAAAGUCGCUUCUGACUUCGGACCUAACCCGAGAAAAGUCGGGUUCUACAUUUACAUCCCAGAUCAACUGGCUGAGAAACCGCCAAUCUUGGUAAAUCCGCAUUGGUGCCAUGGAGACGCGCAAGCUUGCUAUUCCGGAUCUCAGUACGCGACGCUGGCUAGCAAAUAUGGGUUCAUCGUAAUCUACCCCGACAGCCCGAACACGGCAGACAAGUGCUGGGAUGUGUCUUCGAACGAAACUCUUACGCACGAUGCUGGGGGUGAUAGCCUAGGUAUCGUAAGUAUGGUAAGGUGGACACUGGAGAAAUACAAUGGGGACGCUAAACGCGUGUUCGUUACCGGUGUCUCUUCUGGUGCCAUGAUGACCAGCUCGCUAUUGGGCGCGUAUCCUGAUGUAUUCGCUGCUGGAUCAGCAUUCGCUGGAGUGCCAUACGGAUGUUUUGCCGGCAAUGGCUACGGAGUCUGGAGUGAUUCCUGUGCCACAGGCAAGGUCAAGAAGACCGGCGCCGAAUGGGCCGCAAUGGUUAAAGCUGGAUAUCAAGGUUAUACAGGAUGGCGGCCUAAGAUACAAAUUUUCCACGGCACAAACGACGAAGUGCUCAACUAUGCUGUAUUCGAGGAAGAGAUUAAGGAGUGGACUACGGUGUUCGGAUUUAACGAUACGCCAACUAGUACAACGAAUGAUACGCCUAUCAGUGGAUGGACGAAAUAUGUUUAUGGUGAUAGCAAUUGGUUUGAGGCCUAUAGCGCAUCAGGGGUCUCGCAUAAUAUUCAAAAUCAAGAGGCUACGGCUAUGGAAUGGUUUGACCUUACAUGUACGGGCGAUGCCUGUCUUAAAUGGGGGCAAGGCGGGCCGAUAUCAGAAUAAAUAUGUAGUGUUUAUUCAUUUACUAGAUCACAUGUAAAAGCAUGACAAUUUCCCAA